AGGAGCUGAAUUUAAGCAUGCUGUAAGAGACCUAAGAGACGACUUACAGAACUUGGUUUGCAUGUUUCGGGUGUUCUUAAUAUUCGUCAUUAGCAAUUGCUGUUAGCCUCCGUCUCGGUGUUUACUAUCUACGGUACGCAGGGACCUGGACGUAGCGGUCUAUCUGUAAACCCCGCAGUCGGACAGAACCACAAUAAGACUAUUACGAAUCCGACCCAUGAAAGUAGGCUUCAGGCGCAGCUAGGCUCAACGUCUUUCAACUUUUUCUGCUUCACAAAAGUUCUGUGCUUGCUAUUUCACUCACUCCGUGCGCCUCAUUUUCCGCCUCAAACCGGCUUCCAAGAAAAGACCAAGAUCCAGUUGCUACAACAUGGCUGGCAAUCGCACAACCAUGAAAGUCAUUGUCAUCGGCGGAGGCGGUACGAUCGGUUCCUCGACCGCGCUCCAUCUCAUCCGUUCCGGCUACACGCCCUCCAACAUCACGGUCCUGGACACGUACCCAAUUCCUUCCUCUCAGUCCGCCGGGAAUGAUCUCAACAAAAUCAUGGGCAUUCGGCUACGAAACAAAACGGAUUUGCAAUUGAGCUUGGAGGCGAGGCAAAUGUGGAGAGAGGAUGAGCUUUUCAAGCCGUUUUUCCACAAUACUGGCAGGCUUGACUGCGAAGGGUCAGAGGAUGGCAUUGCCUCCCUUCGACGGCAAUACCAAUCCCUCAUCGAUGCUGAUGUUGGCUUAGACGAGACGAAUGAAUGGCUGGACACCGAGGAAGAGAUCCUGGCCAAGAUGCCGCUUUUGCCGCGCAGUGAAAUCAAGGGUUGGAAAGCUAUUUUCAGUCAUGAUGGGGGUUGGCUUGCUGCAGCCAAGGCAAUUAACGCCAUAGGAGAGUUCCUGAAAGACCAAGGAGUCACUUUUGGAUUUGGCAGUGCUGGAUCCUUCAAGUGCCCCCUUUUUGAGGACGAUGGUACAACAUGUAUUGGUGUUGAAACGGAGGAUGGCACAAAGUAUUACGCCGACAAGGUGGUUCUGGCUGCUGGAGCAUGGAGUCCGGUGUUAGUAGACUUGGAAGACCAAUGCUGCUCAAAGGCUUGGGUCUACGCACACAUACUAUUAUCCCCUGAAGAAGCUGCCGAGUACAAGGGCAUCCCCGUGGUGUAUAACGGAGACAUUGGCUUCUUCUUCGAGCCCAACGAACACGGAGUCAUUAAAGUAUGCGAUGAAUUCCCAGGCUUCUCGAGGUUCAUACAACACCAACCAUAUGGCGCCGACGCCCCCAAAAAGAUCUCAGUCCCGCGAUCCCACGCCAAGCAUCCUACUGACACCUACCCGGACUCGUCCGAGGUUACUAUUCGCAAAGCCAUAUCGACAUAUCUACCCCGAUUCAAGGAAAAGGAGCUCUUCAAUAGAGCGAUGUGUUGGUGUACCGACACAACAGAUGCAUCGCUGCUUAUCUGCGAGCACCCAAAGUGGAAAAACUUCGUCUUGGCUACGGGAGACAGCGGACACACGUUCAAGCUGCUCCCAAAUAUCGGCAAACAUGUUGUCGAGCUGAUCGAAGGGACGUUGUCUGAUGACCUGGCUCAAGCGUGGAGGUGGAGGCCAGGGGGUGAUGCCCUUAGGUCUAGACGCGGCGCACCGCCGAAGGAUCUUGCUGGUUUGCCUGGUUGGAAGCAUGACCCGGCACCAUAAGGACAUUUGGAUAUGGGUACUACAUAAUGCAGUAAUUUUGGAUGGUGAAUUGCUCGCCACCUAGACGUGAUAAGUGUCGGCUCUUGGCUGAAUCAACCCAUGGACGAGUGCCAAGCUAAAUAACAUCCCGAAAGGCUUUCCAGGCGCUAGACGUCAGAUAUCUCGGGGGAGGGAAAACGACUGCAAACCGCAAGAGCGCAAAAAGUGUGCACUAUACAUAGAUGUAAAAGCCAGAGAUCCUUUCGCCUCUCCGUGUCAAUAUAGUUUGUCUUCAAAGAUGACUCACC